AUGGAACCAUUUCACUCUAUCCUCAAAAUCUACUACACAAUUCUUGCUAUCAUCGGAGUUCCUGUUAAUCUCAUGACGAUUGUGAUCCUAUCUCAGGGAAGAUGCGGUCUCUCAAUUUGUACAACUCGCUACCUGGUGUCUAUGACAACAGCGGAUCUACUGGUAAUUUUGACUACAGUCUUAUUAUAUCGGGGUAGUUCUUAUUAUUUCCCAGAAUCUUUUCUGCAAAUCACACCCAUGUGUCGUAUUACCUUUGUGCUGCUUUAUGCAGCCUCAGAAUGUUCUGUCUGGUUCACUGUCGCUUUCUCCUUUGAUCGAUUUGUGGCCAUUUGUUGCCAGAAGCUGAAAACAAAGUAUUGCACCAAUAAAAAUGUGGCUGUGAUUUUAUCAACGACCUGCAUUCUCAUCUGUUCUAAAAAUGUUGCAUUCUACUUCAGAUUUGAACCUGGGGAAAUAAUUGAUAAUAUUCCUUGGUUCUGUGAGGAAAAUCCAAACUAUUAUACAGCACCAGGUUGGGUGGCAUUUGACUGGUUUGAUAAAAUUUUUACUCCAUUGCUCCCAUAUGUCUUAAUUUUGUUGCUCAACACUUUGACAGUCAGACACAUUUUGGUGACUAGCCUAGUGCGUAAAGGAUUGAGAGGUCAAAGCAAGGGAGACGAUCACAAUGACCCAGAGAUGGAGAGCAGAAAGAAGUCGAUGCUAUUACUCUUCACCAUAUCUGGCAGCUUCAUACUCCUGUGGUUUUUAUAUGUUAUAUAUUUCUUAUAUUACAUAAUUGCUGGUCUAAAUCCCAAGAAUUACAGUGAUUUUUCAUAUAUCUUUGCAGAAGUUGCAGUUAUGCUGGUGGAUUUAAAUUGCUGCUCGAAUGCAUUUAUUUAUGGGGUGACUCAAUCCAAAUUCAGGGAGUGCUUCAUAAGUACGGUGAAAUAUCCUUUGAAGUUAGUUAUGAAAUCAAUUGAUAAACAAACGAAUUAA